GGCGGGGCACUCUGAGGCUGCGGGAGCGGCGGUGGCGGUGGCGUAGCGGGAGCGGAAGCGGAGCGGGGGAUGUGCCAUGGCUGAGUCUCUGUUCAAAUCCGUCCUCACAGCCUUGGCUCGCUCUAGACGUGAUCCAGACAUCUUUGCACUGAGUCGUGGAACCUUUGGACAGACAGUGCUGCCUAAUCAUAAAGCAGGAGUUGAUCCCUGUGAGGUUUGGUGCAGUCAGCCUGUGGAAAAAUUACUGGAAUAUUGCAACGUGAGCAAAAUCAGGUUGUUUUGGUCUGUGUUCUUCACCAGGCGAAGCAUUUCCUUUCUAGAUGAAUUUCGUUCAAUGGUCCUGGGCUGGAACAUGGAGGCAAUCCAUGAGUGUGAUAUUUUGGAAGACCUUGCUGAUUUAAUUAAAAAAGUUGUUAACAUCCCACAUUUUAUCAAUGGCAUCCUGAGGAUCGCCAGUAGACUAGAAAAUGGUUUCUUCCACAUUGAAGAUGCCCUGGAAUGGGUCAGGUGUGUGGGGGAUUCCAACAUCCUGCAGAGACUGGAGCAGCUCGAGGACGGUGGCCAGGUCAAACUUCAAAUUCUUUUUGUUGAAUGGAAACGUUGCAUCACCAAAGUGGCACUGGAAGAUUGUGAUUUAGUGGCAGAAUUGAAAGCUGUGACCUGUGAGAGCUCCAGGAAGAAAAGUGAAUCCAUGAAGCAGAAAGGAAAUGCUGAAUUUUCCCAAGGAGCCCUGGGCUCUGCCAUCGUGUCAUACACCAAAGCCAUGGAGUUUUGCCCUACAAACCACCUCCUGUAUGGGAACCGAGCCCUGUGCUUCAUUCUCACCGGGCAGUACGAGAAAGCUGCAAUUGAUGGAAAAAGAGCCACAGUUCUCAAGCCUGAUUGGCCAAAGGGUCACCACCACUACUGCAAAGCCCUGGCCCUGCUGGGGGAGGCUGAGCACGCACUGGAGGCCAACAAGAAAGCGCAGGAGCUCUGCCAGAAAGAUCCUCAGGGGCUCAAGGAGCUCCUCCAGCAGAAUGAAACACUCAAGAAGAGCCUGCAGGAAAUCCAUGGUACUAAGCAUAAACAGAAGGCGAGGAAGUCUCCGCUUGGGGAGAAGGUCUCUUCUUCAAAAUCUCCUUCAAGAACCUCCCAAAAACAGAAAGGAGGAGAAAAAGAGAGGAAGAAAACCCAGGCUGAGCCCAAACAUCCCCAGGGGCCUCAAAAACACGAUGCCAAGGUGACCGAGCCCCAGAGAACAGAAGGCAACGUUUCCACGCUGGAGCAGCCUCCAAACCAAAGUCAGCAAAACAAACGAAGGCCAAAAACCAAAACUUGUGACUAUGAAAAGAUGAGGGAUCAUGUGGAUUUGAAGAGGGAGUCUAAAGCCAUGGAGGAUAAAAGUUUCUGUACUGGGCCACAGGUGGAUUUCAGUCCAGAUGUGAAAUCCCUCGAGCUGGAGGGUUCUGGAACCUUGCUGGACAGGGAUAAACCCGUUCUAUUACCCCUGCUGAGAGCCUUGAAUACUCCAGAAUUUGUGGUGGAUUUCAACUCUCUGCCAGAGGAUGUGAAGUCCCUGGCUCGGGAUGGCUGCAGAGCCCUGCUGGAGCAGCAGUGCCACAGAGCUGAAGGAGCCUUUUCCCAGCUCCUCAGCAUCCUCUACACCUCAGGAUUUUGGUCUGUGAAUAUUCUUAAUAUUAAUUAUGUUAUACUCCUCUAUGGACAUGCCACUGCACUCCUGGGAUUGGGACAUCCUGAGGCAUUGGCAAAGGCUGAAGAUCAGUUUAAGAAAAUAAUUGAGGAAUAUCCAGAAGAAAGUUGUUUUUGUUUGGCACACUAUGGAAUUGGAAGGGUUUACCUCAGGCAAAACAGGUUUGCUCAUGCCCUCAGCCAGUUCCUGAGGUCAAAGCUGAUGGUUGAUUUCAAGAUUGUUCCUGGAGUUUUGACCUGGCCAGGAACAACCCAGGUCAUCGAGGAAUCACGAAUAGAGAAUUUACAGAUGGCUUUAAGGAAUUGUAUCGAGGAAUGUAAAUUCCCUCCAGACCCAGAUGCUAUUUGUCGAUAUCAGCAGUGCCAUGGCUACUCCAAAAUCCAAAUAUAUUUUACAGACCCAGAUUUUAAGGGUUUUAUACGUAUUAUUUGCUGUCAGCAGUGCAGGGUGGAGUUCCACAUCGGCUGCUGGAAAAAGCUGAAAACAACAAACUACAGUGAUAAAAAUGAUAAGGAUUUCCUUAAGGAAAUGUGUUUUACUCCUGAUUGUAAAGGCCUUAUUUCAAAAAUAGCUAUUUUCAGUUCUACUGGGCUGGUAAAAUGUGAAUUUGAACAAAAAAUCCCAAAACCCAAGGAACCACCAAGGGCCUGUAUAAAACAGAAAUGUUCAAGUCUUAGGAAGAUAAAAAUGAAGCAAGAAAAAAAACUGUGGCGAAAACGAGCGCGAGAAGAGGCCUGGAAUUCUGCCAUGAAAAAAGCUGAGGAAAAGCAGGAUGGAAAUGAUGAAUCCCAGUACAGUCAGCACAGAGGUUAUGGCCAGGAAUUAUACGCUGGGGACCAGGUCCUGCAGCACAUCCGGCGGAAUUCCGAGCAGAUCAAAGCCGCCGUCCCUGACGCUGCCAAAUUAUUAAAGGAAUUAUUGGUGUGGGGAGUGAUCAGAGAGGAGGAUUUCACCUCUUAUUCCCAAAUCAGUGGCACUUCCGAGGAAGUGCUGGAGCAGCUGCUCAGCUCCUUAAUCCAGCAGAAAUGCCGGGUGCAGAGCAGGGGCUUCCUGCACGUGCUGAGCCAGCUGGGAGAGGUGGAUCCCAAAGUGCACAAGUGGCUGCAGCACCUGGAUAACCUGGGUCUGACAGCUACAAAAAACUUUCUCCUUCAAUAUGGGCAAGUUCUGCAAGAGCUUGACUUUUCUAUUUUAAUCCCACUGUGGAACCAGAAAUAUGGCAGUAAAUUUGAUUAUGUGUCAGCUGAUGGUGAAAAGCAAGAAAUUUGUGAUUAUUUCCUCACCCCUCCCCUAGAGAAAUCCCGUUGUUUUAUGUGGCUUUUAGAAGAAAACAGAGAAUAUUUUCCAGACCUCCAUCAAGCUCUAGAUGAAUUCUUCGAUAAAAUGGAUGACCCAACUAUUAUAUUAAAGAAGCAGGGAAAUGAAAAUUUAUCAAAUAAUGAAUUCAAAGUUAAAAACAAAAACAGGAAGAAGAAUUGGAAAGAUUCAAAGUCUAUUUUAGUAUUAUCCAGUGGAGUUAGUACAGCACCGCGAGAAGAAGAGAAGAUAUUUAUAGAAGAAAAUAAUUUGUACAGAGAUUUUUCAGAUGAACCCUUUGUAAUCCCAGAAUAUCUCCAGGAGCAACUGGAGGAAUUCGAAGCUCUUUAUAAUGUUUCAAAUAGUAACAAUUAUCACAUGAAUAAUAAUAAUAAUCCAGAUCCAAUCUGUGAAAAUUUAUAUGAUUAUUUUUCUCAAAUUUUGGAAGAACAUGGCCCUCUGGAAAUUAAUAAUAAAUUACUGGUUGGGGAGUAUGAAAAUUUCCCUGAGGAAACUCGGAAGGUGGUGGAAGAUGAAGGUGGCCUGGAGUUCUUCCUGCUGAAAUCCCUUCGUUUCAUUAUAGUGGAUAAUCUGAUUGGAUUAAGGAAGCACUCAGUCCUUUUUGAAGGAAAUCCAAGCAGAAACGAGACUGGGAAUAAAGAGGAAAAUGAUAAAUCUGGGGAAUUCCGAGAGAACUCUUCCCACAGCAAGCUGCCAUUGAAUCCCUAUGCCCAGGAAUUCAAGCCUCUGUCGUACCCUUUGAAACCCUCUUUAUCAGCAACUCCUGAUUUAACAGAUUAUGAGACUGCACAAUAUUUACCCUGCUCCAUCCUUGCUUCCCUCACACCUGGGAAUCCUCUGGAAAACAAAGAUGUUGAUUCCGUGGAAAACAAGGAGCUGCUUCCGGGUGUUUUACUGGAGAGCUUCGGGCCUGCGGGCCCGGCUGUGUUUUUGCCUCAGAGCUCGUGGGGUUAUCAAUAUGGAAUAUUGCCCCUGCCUGCUGCCCUGGCACAGCCUGUGUUGGUUUAUGCUGAUCCUGGAGCUCAUUUGGAUCAUUGGGAAUCAGCAAAUCCAUGUGGAAAAUACAGCCCUGAGGGUUCCCUGCCAGCUGAAGUCCAGGAGUGCAAAAAAGGCCUUCAGGGCCGGUUGAAGACCUCGGAUGAGGAGGAUUCUGCUUUUCCAAAUGGUUCAGAUGAAGCUAAAGGUGGUAAAUGUGUUAAAAAGGAAAAAGAAAGGAUGAAGAGCAAUCCUCACACAAGGAUGAUGGCUGUUCAGGUAAAUCAGGAGGUUGCUGAUAGGGAAACCAAUACUUCCCCUUUCCAUCCAUUUGAAAAUCAACAAGGCGAUAUUCUCCGCAUGGAAAAGGAGCACCAGGUAUUGAAAGAACAACUCAGAGAAGCAGAGGAGAAAUUUGAGCAUUUACAAAGCAAGAGAUUGGAGGAAAUCAGUGCUUUGGAAGAGCUCUUGAAAAAAAGUAUUGAAGAGACCAAGGUGUCCCAGAAUGAGCUGGAUUGGUUCCACCAAGUCUCGGAAACACAAAUGAAGAAAUGGCAGCAGGAGAAGAAAGAAAAUCAAGAGAAUUUAAAAGCAUUGAAGGGCACAGCUAAAAAACACUCAGACACCAAUGAGAGGUAUUUGAAGACCAUUGAUGACAAGGAAAAGCAAUAUAAUGCGUGUUUAAAUACAUUUCUGGAGACCAGUAAUAAAUUUGCUAAUGAGAAAGGCAAAUUGGAAGAGCUGAUAGAAAAGAGUCAAAAUGACAGCCAGGAGUGUGAGAAAAGAGCUGUUAAAGCAGAGGUCUCAGUGCUCCAGACCUGGAAGGAAACUGAAACCUGGAAACUCAAAGGCAGCAUUGUCAAGGCAGAGGGAAAUCUGAGGAUGCUGAAGGCACUGAACAGCAGCUCAGCUUCAGCAGCUCCUGUGUUGAAGUCCCAGAUUGAUUCCUGGGAAAUGUUUCUUUCAAAUGUCAAGAAACAACUGGAAAAAGUCGAGGCUGAGUAUGAAGAAAAAAUUGAGCUGGUGAAAAAAGGUGCCCGGGACUGCCUGAGUAAAGUGGAAGUUGUGGAUUUUCCUUGUCCUCAGGGAUUUGAUACAAUACCAGGCAGACCUCUCAUGUGUGACUCUGCCAUCAUCACCUAUUCCUCGGCAUCUGCACAUCCCAGUGCCCUUCCUGGAUUUUCCAGUUCUGAUGGAAAAGCUCCAGCCCAGCCUCCACUCCCAGCACAGCCCGGAGCUAAGCCAGCACCUGCCACCUCUGAGGCUUCUUCUGCAGCUGGGAAAACACAUCCCAAAGCUCCAGAGGCUCCACAUUCCAAUAAACCCUCCCCAUCCUGCCCACCAGGGGUUUCUGGGAGUAACACCCAGCAUGUCCAGCCCAACCAAGUUCCCUCAGCUCUGCAACCGAGGCCUUCUGGAAUUCCAAACAACAAAAAGCUUCCAGAAGGAAUUGAAAAUAUUCUUUCCCAGCUCCAGAGUAUAUUCCCAAACUACAGCAGCUCUGACCUCGUUGCCUUCAUCAGGGACGUGCAGAGGAGGAAUGGGAACACCAUGGCCGGCCUGAGCCCGGAUGAAAUCUUCAGCCGGGUCACAUCGUUCAUCCUGGACCAGCAGCUCAAGGCACCAGCUCCAGCAGGCAGAGCCGUGCACUCCCUGGGCCCGGCAGCGCGGAGCCAGGAUGUGCCUGCGGAAGGAAUCGGCCCCCGGGCAGCGCCCACCCCUAAAAACUCCUCCAGUAAAAACCCCUCUCAGCCAAACCUGCAGCCCUGGAGAAAUGCUGGAGCUGCACCCAAAGCCAAAUGGAGAAAGAAGGAUGAUGCUGCCUCUGGUGAGGAUCCCUGUGCCAUCUGUCACGACGAGCUGAGCAGAGACUGCUGUGAGCUCGAGUGUGGCCAUCACUUCCACAGAAAGUGCAUCCAAAGGUGGCUCAAGCAGCAUUCCAGCACCUGCCCCAUCUGCCGUGUCCACGCUCUGCUUCCCGAGGAUUUCCCUGAGCUUCCUGCACGGAACAAGAAUGAUCACCACUAGCAGGAGAGGCAGAAUUCCAACAGCUCAGGGAAUUGUUCUCCUACUGUUUCCUGGGUCUGAAGUGGCCAGAGCACCUUCAACACUGACAAAUUUGUCCCAGAAAAGCCAAAAGGUGGGAACCAGAGCCUGGGAAUCACAAAGUGUAACUCCAUUGUCUGAAUCCAGGGAGCAUCCCAUGGAUUUGGAGCUCUUGGCUAAUUCCAAGGAUCACUUGUUCCCCACACUGCUACAUCUCCUCCAGAUCAAGUUUUAAACUCCUCUCAUUAUUCAGUGUAUUAAUUACCAGUUGAAUAAAAAAUAAAAUUACUGCUACAGCCAAA